AUGGCGACCACACAAGUUGUGCAAUCAGCCGGCAUCUACCACGGCCUGCCCACAUACUCGGCAGACGUCCAAGGACUUACUGCAAUCGUCACCGGCGCCAACGGCAUUAGCGGCUAUCAUAUGGUUAGAGCUUUAUGCUCGGCUCCCGAGCGCUGGUCCAAGAUAUAUUGCCUCUCGCGACGGCCACCACCGGCGUAUUUCUACGAGGGACUAGAAGGCGGCGAGGAUCGUGUAGAACAUGUAGAGGUCGAUUUUUUGACAGAGCCAAAGAGCAUCGCUGAAGGAUUGAAGAAGAUUAAGAAAAUUGACCAUGUCUUCUUCUUCUCGUACGCGCAAUCCAAACAGAAGGGAGAAGUCCUGGGGAUGUGGUCGGAUGCCGAUGCGCUGGCCGAUAUCAAUACAACAUUGAUCAGCAACUUCAUAGAAGGUCUGAAGCUGGCCGGCCUGACUCCCAAGCGAUUCGUGCUGCAGACGGGAGCCAAACACUACGGCUUCCACAUAGGCCCGGCGACAACACCCUCGUUUGAGACAGAUCCCAGAGUGACGCUUGAAAGUAACUUUUAUUAUCCUCAGGAGGAUGCACUGGAUCGAUACGCGACAGAAGCCGGCCUGGGAUGGAAUGUCUUUCGUCCAUCGUAUAUCAUUGGUGCUGUGAGGGAGAAUCAAUUAAACUACCUUGUGGGCUUCAUAGUUUACGGCGCGGUGACUGCCCAUCUGAAGCAGACACUUCGCUUUCCAGCAGACUAUGCGGCAUUCGACAAAGAAUUUGUGGCCUCUUCUGCGAUGCUCAACGCAUAUAUGAUGGAAUGGUCUGUUCUCACACCAGAAGCAAAGAAUCAGGCGUUUAAUGUGCAAGACGGCUUGCCUUUCACGUGGAGUCGCUUUUGGCCGUAUCUGGCAUCUUGGUAUGGCGUGCCUUGGGCGCCUCCAGAAAUGGACGCUUCAAAGUAUCAGACAUUCACGUCUAGGAGUGUCCAGACACCGCGCGGCUUCGGCCCCCAAGGGGUGACUCGUUGCACUUUUAGUCUGCUCGAGUGGUCAAAGCAACCAGAAGUGGAGUCGGCUUGGGAACAGCUAAAACAGCAACACAACCUGGUCCUCGACCCAUUUCAAGAUCGUGAGCAGAUUUUCGGCAUCACGGACAGCGCUGUCAUUGGGGGCUGGCCGCUGUCACUCAGCAUGCGCAGGGCCAGGAAAAUGGGGUUCCUGGGUACAGUCGAUUCUUAUGAGAGCAUGUUCCACACGCUGCAAGAGUUUGUGAGGUUGAAGAUGAGCCCGCCGCUUGCCGUUGCUGAGUAUGUAGAAGAGCUGCCUCCAGCGCCCGGUUUGUAG